UCCGAAUAUUGGCCCUCGACAACAAGAAACACAGUCGACUGGCUAUUCGUGAGAUCCACCGACCACAUCACCAUGCUGAUGUUCUAGAUUUUUAUAUCCUUAUCCACUCAUAUAUUCUCUUCAUACAGUCGUGAUAGAACAAACCGUGCUACCUAGGGUCACUGGUCACUUAAGUCCACUUCGCCCAAUUUAGUUUAACUACAAACCCAGAUAAACAUAAACAAGCACCUUGCUUUUCACUACUCGAUUAGAGUCUACCUUCGACUUAAUCUCAGAAAUAUCCUAAUCCUCCUUCCGCGAAUCUUGUCGCGUUCCCUCUUUCACACACGCAACCCGGACGGGAAAUUGCAAAUAUGAAGUUUGGAAGAAAUUUACCCCGUAACCAAGUCCCCGAGUGGGCGGCUUCGUAUAUCGACUACAAGGGUCUAAAGAAGCUGAUCAAGGCGGCUACGAAUACUGCGAAUGCAGGGGAGAAUGUUGAUCUAGCAGAGUUCUUUUUCGCCCUGGACCGUAACCUCGAAGAUGUCGAUUCCUUUUAUAAUAAGAAGUUCGCCGAGGCCCACCGCCGUAUCAAGCUAUUGGAGGACAAAUAUGGCAGAAGCCCUGACGUAGUUGUAGACUUAGACGACCAAGAAACUGAGGAGCUGAUGGGAGCUCUGCUUGAGCUCAGAAACCAGCUCAGAAAUCUACAGUGGUUCGGAGAAAUCAACCGCAGAGGGUUUGUCAAGAUCACGAAGAAGUUGGACAAAAAGGUCCCCAACACCACUACGCAGGAGCGAUAUAUCACAACCAAGGUCGAUCCGCAGCCGUUUGCCAAGGAUAUUACCACGGCAAGGCUCAUAAAUGAGAUUAACAAAUGGCUCUCGGUACUGGGAGACGCCCAAAAUUUUGACGAUGCCAUGUCCGAAAUGUCCACGCGCUCAGUACGCUCGCUUGGAAGGGUGACCGCCAAGGCCAUGCUGAAUACGUCACAAGGCGUCCUCGACAAGCUAGAUGCUGCCAUACGCAAGGACGAUGUCACAACGUUGCAGAAUAGUCUCAAAUCCGAAGAUCUUGUGACACAAGAACAGGCCUCCCAAGAAAUGCUUCUAAGCCUUCUUCAACGAUCUAUCACAGCACGCUCAAGAGAUUGCAUUACACAUCUCUUACAGCAAAUUAAGACAUUGGACGAGCCAGCAGACAUUAAUGAACGCAACUGCAUCCACCGUCUAGUCAUAUACAUUGGACGUAGUAAAUCAUCUUUAGCAAGCGAUCUGGAGCCCAAUGCGGUUUCACUACCGAUAAAAUCUCAUUACAAUAACCAUUACGUUGCACCAGCACAAGCCAACGGCUCAACGGUCACACGGCCAAUAAAUGGUGACGACUCAGGCCCCAAACUGUUGAGCAAGGACGACGAAACGGUAAAAAUCUUGUGUUACCUCCUAGAUAACCUACAGGGGGAGCAGCGAUGCGCACUCACGACUCAAGACUCUUUGGGUCGGAUUCCUUUACAUUAUGCUGCUCAGUUUGGCUUCGUCGUUCUCUGCCAGGUGCUCAUGGCGAAAAUGCAGGAGUGGGGCCAGUUUAACGUUGAGGAUGGAAUCGAUGCACCUAAGUGGCAGGAUAAAGAAGGGAAUGCACCCCUUCACUUGGCGGUCAUUGGUGGUCACCCGUUGACUACUCAAUGCCUUCUCCAGGGGGAGAACUGGCAAGGUCCGACUCACAACGAAGGCGCCCCAAGGAAGCCUGUGUCAAAGUCUAGUGCGGUUUUGGCUCUGGCUACGAAGUCGAAUUUCGUUGCUAUCGUGCGAAUGCUUGUAGAGGCUGGAGUGGACAUCAAUUGGCAAGAUGAGACUGGCGAGACAGCAUUGCACAUUGCUGCUAGGUUUGGACACGCAGAGUGCGCUAAGAUCCUACUUGAGGGCUCGGCCGAGCAAAAGGCAAAUCUUGAAUUAGCUGAGAAGUCGUUCGCCUGGACUCCUCUACAUAUAUCGGCCGUCGACGGCCAUCUUCCUGUCGCGGAACUAUUAGUUGAAGCAGGAGCAGAAGUCGGGAAGAUGGACUCCUUUGGAUGGACAGCAAAGGAGCACGCGGCUCUGAGAGGACACCUAGGAAUUGCGAGGCUCCUCGCGAAGUUUACAGACACUAUUCCGGUGGUCAACAGCGCAGACGACACUCAGGCGACCCCAUCUGCCCCACCUACGCCCCCAGAAACGUCUUCCCUCGAGGACAGAAGAUCAGACGGCAGCACUCGAAUCGCCGAACCGAUUAAAUCUUUCGGUCACCGCUACCUCAAAGAUAGCAGCCUUGUCAUGGUUAGUUUGGGAUCUAUGGAUAUGCGAAAGAACAUCGAACCCGUUAAGCUCGAUCGAGUUCCUUUAGCAGAAGCACAUACGAACCAGCUUGACACGGCCCUAUCUGUCGUGGUGUCUGCACAAGGCGCAACUGGAGAGCCAACAAUCAUUGAUUUGCCGGUGCACGAGAACAUUUCCACCGAGCCGAUUUUGUUUACUACUUCGGACGCUUCCAACGUCAGACUACUGUUUGAUAUUGUGCCGACUUACUCCGGAAACGAGAAGAACAAAGUAGGACGUGGUGUUGCGUUGCUAUCCUCCAUUCGCCCUUCGCUUGGCACCAAGAGGAUGAAUCUCCAAGGCGACGUGUGUGUCCCGAUCAUGGGUGCAAACCUUGAAGUUAUCGGGGCCGUCAACUUUAACUUCCUUAUUAUCACACCGUUCUCGCAUCCAAAAAUGGAGGUCAAUUCACAGCAGACAUACUGGAGGAAGAUGUCUUCCACCAUGGUUUUUGGUCACCGUGGCCUCGGCAAGAACUUCCUUGAUAGCAAAUCACUUCAACUAGGCGAGAAUACGGUCUCUUCUUUUAUCGCCGCGGCUAAUCUAGGGGCUCAUUAUGUCGAAUUCGAUGUUCAACUUACCAAAGACCAUGUCCCAGUCAUCUACCAUGACUUUCUAGUGAGCGAGACGGGUAUAGAUGCGCCAGUGCAUACGUUGACGCUCGAGCAAUUCCUUCACAUCAACAAUGAGUCUAAAACGAGGCCCGGAGGAGAUCCACCUGAGUUGAAGAGGAACGAGACAAAUGGCAACGGUACAAAGGAAACCGGGACAAGACAACGAUCCCUCUCUGUCGAUUUGGCCAAGAAGGGGAAUGACAAUCUUGACGAACGCAUGAAGUAUACACUCAACUUCAAGAAGAAGGGCUACAAAGCCAAUACUCGCGGUAACUUCGUUCAAGCUCCCUUUGCCACGCUCGAGGAACUCUUCAAGAAAGUGCCCGAGAACGUGGGAUUUAACAUCGAGAUGAAGUAUCCCAUGCUGCUCGAGAGCGAGAAAGAGGACAUGGACACCUAUGCCAUUGAGCUUAACUCGUUCUGCGACACAGUAUUGACGAAGGUCUACGACAUGACCGCCAACCGGCAUAUCAUCUUCAGCAGUUUCAACCCCGAUAUAUGUCUUUGCCUCAGCUUUAAGCAGCCAAGCAUUCCGAUCAUGUUCCUAACCGAUGCGGGCACCGAAGAAGUCAGCGACAUCCGAGCCAGCAGCUUACAGGAGGCAGUUCGUUUUGCUAGUCGAUGGAACUUGCUUGGAAUCGUGAGCAACGCGGAACCGUUUGUGAACAGUCCUCGGCUGGUAAAGGUUGUGAAGCAGACAGGUUUGGUUUGUGUCAGCUACGGGGUCCAGAAUAACGACCCUACUCUUGUGCAGGUAAGUCCAUUAUAAACUUCUCAUCGGAAAUACUCUUGUGAAUAUGAGACUAAUGUGUUAUUCGUGUUUUAGCGGCAAGUCAAAGAAGGUAUCGACGCGGUGAUCGUGGACAACGUCCUGGCGAUCCGGCGAGGA